AUGGAGCUAACUAACUUAUAUUCUUCUGGAUAUAAAAAACUAAAUAAACAUCUGCUUUACACUCUUUGGAAUAAUGUGGGUUAUACCACCUCAAACAUUAAUUGCAAGGAAGCGUUGCUCGUUAAAUUUCACUCGGUGAACAGCAGACUCUACAAUAAUUAUCUUGUUUUAGGAAUUGAAACAAGCUGUGAUGACACGGGUAUUGCUAUUCUCGAUUCUCAAGGUAAAGUCUUAUCGCACGUAAAGCGAAAUUACUGGGAAACGUUAAGAGAGAACUGGGGAGGAAUCAAUCCUGUGAAAGCAAAGAUUAUGCACGAAAAUCACAUACACAACCUUUUAAAGGAGUGUUUAGCGCAGGCGGGCGUCUGCUUGAAGGAUAUUGAUGUUGUUGGAGUUACUCAAGGCCCCGGACUGGGUGCUUGCCUAGGCGUAGGCUUAGCGCUCGCUAAGGAAAUAGUAAAGGAAGAUUCAAACAAACUGUUAAUGGGAGUGCAUCAUCUUGAGGCUCAUCUCUUGACUUCUCGUUUGACUGAUUUUAUUGAGUUCCCAUUCAUUGCUCUUUUGGUAUCUGGCGGCAACUGUCAACUGAUCCUCGCUUCCGAUGUAGGAGAUUACUCUAUGCUGGGAUACACUCUCGAUUCCGCGCCUGGAGAUGUUUUUGAUAAAGUUGCACGUGCCAUGAACUUGUCUAACGGAGCAGAGCUGGAACAGUUGGCAAAAUCCUCUACAGAAUCUUUACAAGGCCCGAAAAUACUGGGCACUUACAGGAAUUGCCACUUUUCUUUUGCUGGCUUACGAAGUUGGGCAUCCGGCUGCCUUGAAGAUUUUGGGCCUGCCGUAACAGAAAUUCAAAAAGCUAACGUGGCUGCGGCCUUUCAGGAGGCCGUUAUAAAUCAUCUUAUGAUUAGACUUGCUAGAGCGAUAAACUACUGCGACUUCUAUAGAAGGACACCCAUCAAGUCUGUGGUUCUUUCUGGAGGUGUUGCUUCUAAUGAAUCCAUUCGAGUGAAUAUUGCAAAAUUGUGCAGAAUAUACAAUAAGACUUUUUUUGUUCCUCCUAAAGAACUUUGCACGGACAACGGGGUGAUGAUUGCUUGGACGACCAUAGAAAGAAUAAGAUUUAAUAAGUUUGACAAACUUAAUGAGGAGCAAAUUCAAAAACUUCAAUACCGCAUAGAUUGGCCUCUCGGAGCCGACGAAUCAGAAUUUGUCGAAAAGUGCAAAAUAAGAAUUCGAACGAGGACCUUCGAACAUAGUAAAUAAAAGUUUAUAUCCUAUAAAAAGUUUCAGAAUUAGUUUUGAAGAAGCGAGAGAGCCACAUGUUUAGGACACGUGUCAAUUCGACUUUUAUUUCCACAAUCCGCAUAUUCGAGCAUUUCUGGAUGGAAAGUGGUUACUAUAAACUGAUUGUGCUCUUUUAGUGAGUUUAUACGCUCAGCAAUGGCCAA